AUGACAGAAAUGUCAGCUGUCAAAGGUGGGAGUGUCAAGGUGUUGUUUAACAUCGAUAUGAGGUUCCGUCGGCGAAUUCCGAGAAAGUUUGGGAGAUUUACGAUAACGCUGCUCGCACAAACACGACAUACUGUGACAAGGUCUAUAGUACCGCAUUCGCAUACAGUCCGUCGACAGAAGAUGAACAGUGGAUAUGCGAUUUGCCUUUUAAGUGGGUUCCUGUUUGGUCACCUAGCUGGCGGAGCAAUAACUAAUGUAACGUUAGUGAAUGGUGGAUCACCAGAUGUCGGUCGCGUGGAAUUAUUGAAAGAUGGUCAAUGGGGAACCAUUUGUGAUGACGAUUUUGACAAGGAUGAUGCUUUGGUUAUCUGUAGAAUGAUGAACAAAACAGUGGAUGAGUCCAGUGUGUCUACAAUCGAUCGAGCAUUUUUUGGCCAAGGCCAAGGUAGCAUAUUCUUACCGGGCUUGGGAUGUUCUGGAACUGAGACAAGUAUUGAAGACUGCUCCUACUUAAGUUAUAUCCAUUGCACACACUCAGAGGAUGUAUCGGUCGUUUGUAGUUUAGACGGCUUUUCAAUUGGGAUUCCCAACAAUGGCUUGUUAUACAAAGGGCAGCUUACUGUUAUUUUCCCGAAUAACUACACUGGACCUAUCUGUGCCGAGAGUAUUCAAACCCCAGAGGCAAAGGUCAUAUGCAGGGCACUAGGCGCACCGUGGACGUAUUCCUAUCCGCUUCCUAGACCAGGACAAUAUUUUUCCACAAUCUAUGGUGUAAUGACACAUAUGACUUGCCAAGGAAAUGAACAUAAGAUAUCUGAAUGUACCAAUAUGGACAUAGGGUACCAUAAGCAGUGCACGGAUGGUUUGGCGUCGGUGGUUUGUUCGGGUAUAUCCCUUUUUGUGCCAUCAAUAUUAUUGCAAAGAAAUAAAUAUACCAUAGAAAUGGACCAACAAAUUAUCAAUGAAUUAUUGACGACAAUUCAAUAUCAAGCAUGCAUCAAACAAAUAUAUAAAACUGGGAAUAAAUCCCAAAAAAUUCAACGGCACGACUUGUCGAAGGUUCUACGCCAUAUGAAGGCAGACUGGAGAUCCUCCAUAAGGGUGAAUGGGGAACUGUCUGUAACAGUGGGUUCGGACGCAUCGAAGCACGGAUGGAAAAAAAGUCCUAUCCGUUUAACUGGCGGGGAUUCAACAGCUCAGGGUCGCGUCGAGAUAUAUCACGAAGGUAGAUGGGGCACUGUGUGUGACGACGGGUUUGACAUUAAUGAUGCAAAGGUUGUGUGUAAACAGCUAGGACAUCCAAGUGACAACCCAUACAUUGUCAAAGGGAACCUGUUUGGUGAUGGAAAAGGUCCUAUAUGGCGUAGCAAUUCAGGUUGUACUGGACAGGAAGACACAAUUGAGGAAUGUGCAGGAUUGCCUUGGGGAGAUAACACAUGUUCCCAUGACGAGGAUGUCGGCAUUAUAUGUAGAAGUCCUGGACUAGAGUGUUACACUUGCGAUGGUGUGAUAAACCCAAUGACGUGUAAUGAAACCGAACGAUGUGGAAACGGGGGGAUCUGCGAGCAAACAGUGUACACGACUAAUGGUAAAAGGCGCCAUUCUAUGACAUGCAGGAGUCAGUUGACUUGUAACGCUAUGAAGAGCUCCCCAGUUACAGUAGGCCGAAGAAGCAAGCACGAACGACAAACCGCUUCAAACUUCCGGUUUGACUGCUGCUCAACACCUUUGUGUAACAGGAACCUCUUUGAUUUGGAACCGUCCAGUCAAGGUGCUUCUAGCACGUCAUGCAUGGACGAUUCCGGUGUUGACUGCCAAGCCUUAGAUCAUGCCACCAAUGUUUGUAAAAACAAAGGAGCAGCAGAAACCCUUUGUCCAAAGCACUGCGGCUUGUGUUCCUAACCUUUUUUUGUAUUUACAAAUGCACACAGGGAAAUCUGAGAUACAGUAAAAUACAUAUAUC